AAUUAAUAAUUAGUUACUAAAAAAAAAAGUUUAUCUCAAAAAAAUCAAUUAUCAUCUCAUUUCACGCGCGGACACACAUUGAUCGGCACCAAUCAAAUGGACAUCAGCCGAUUCGUGGACUUGCAGGGCACGCGUCUAGCGCGUGACCUAACCUGUCCGAUAUGUCUACUGAUAUUCGAUCAGCCGAUGACCACCCGCUGUGGCCAUACGUUUUGCGCCGACUGUAUUGGCCAAUCGAUACUGGCCGGCCGACGGCUACUGGUGUGUCCGCAGUGCGGCCGAACAACACGUACGGAAAACCAGUGGUGUUUGCUACCGAACACAAAGAUUGGCCAGUUUAUCGACGGCCAACGUAUUAGCUGUACGUACGCGGCUAAAGGUUGUCCGGUGGUUGUCCUCUAUGGCCAAUUGCGCCGUCAUUUGCUUGAUUGCCGACACAAUCCCUACUGUUAUCGUUGCGGACCCAAGUGUACGGGCGCUGUACCUAAAGAGUGGCCAACAAAAGUGGUAUCGGACGGCGGCGGCGGCAUCGGUGGUCAUCAUCAAUAUCAUCAGCAGUUCAGACAAUAUUAGGCCCGUUACCCGACCCGUUCGGACACAUUUAAUGGCAAUCAGGUGUUUAGUAGUACCGACCGAUUUACAAAUGUUUUUAGGCAUUUGUGACCAAUUUUUUUUUGGAUUUUUUUUUGUUUUUUUUUAUUUACUAAUUAAUUAUUCAUUUACUAUAAAUAAUUUUCAGGUAUUUUUUGUUUGUUUGUUUUGUGUAUUAAUUUAAUUACAAGUUUAUA